GCUGCCUUUCGGCUCAGCAGAGCUCAUCUUACCACUUCGACCCCACUGCCUUAUCCAUCACCCUGCCUCCUUGCUGACUGCCCGCCCGACUUGCUUCCUGGGGAACUUAAUAGGAUCAGAAGAGGUUGCCCAGCUUUCAUCAAGUGGUGGAGUGGUCAGAGGUAGCCAGAGUCAUCAUGGCCGUGUCCCAGGAGCGGAGUGUGUGUCUGGGGCUUUGGGUGCUCCUUUUGCUUGGUGCAGGCAUGGAGGAAGUUGUGGAGGGAUGCAGCUGCCACCCAGCACACCCACAACAGCUCUUUUGCAGUGCUGAGAUUGUGAUAAGGGCCAAGAUAUCCGGAGAGAAGAUUGUGUCGCCUAGCAACAGCUCCUCACCUUACAUGAAGAUGAUCCAAUACGAAAUCAAAAUGAUCAAGAUGUUCAAAGGUUUUGACAAGGCCAAGGAUAUCCAGUAUGUGUACACUCCAGUCUUCUCCUCACUGUGUGGAGUCAAGCUGGACUCUAACAAUAAGGCAGGGUAUCUGCUCUCAGGAAGCAUGUGGAGUGAUGGGAGGAUUUCCAUUGGCCAGUGUGAUCUGGUAGAGUCUUACAACUUAUCACUGUCACAAAAGAAGAAUCUCAACUACAGAUACCAGAUGGGCUGUGAGUGCAGAAUCAACACUUGUUACACAGUGCCGUGUGCAUCUACAGGAGAAAACGAGUGCUUGUGGACUGACUGGCUGCUGGAUAACAGCCUUAAUGGCGAGCAGGCUCGGCAGUAUGCUUGUAUCCGCCGCUCUGACACAACUUGUAGCUGGUACAGGGGUGGGCCACCACAUGAGAAAGACUUCUUGGACAUGAGUGACCCUUGACCUGCAUUUCUGAGAUUCAUUUUACUCCAUAUGUCUCCUGACAUGCCUCAUGAAAAAAAAAUUGCUUUGGCUUACAUAGAUCAGAUCUGGAGUGGAAAAUAGCAACUGAGCUCAUUGAAAAAAAAAUAGAUUUGAGGGAGUACAACCUCACCCUGAGUUUUGGGUGGUUGUUACAGUAAA